ACCCUCCCCUUUUCUCUCUCUAUAUAUUCAGCCCACUCUCUCAUCAAAAUCCCUCCUCCCACCUCCCUUCUUCUUGUUCCCUGUUGUUUUCAAGACUCCACCUUUCUUCGACAACACUGAACACCUGGCCUGAGCAGACGCCGUGUCGUUUUCAUCAGAGUCCAGAAACAAUGGAUUCCAACAGCAACAACAACAGCCACAGCUUCAGCUCCUCAACCGACAUUGAGCAGAUGCCGGAGACCCCCCACCGCGGUGGGUCCUACCACCGCCGCGCCCACUCCGACUUCUCCUCCUUCCGCCUCCCCAACUUCGACGACCUCCUCCUCUUCGACCCUUCCGACCUCGACCUCUCCUCCUUCCCCUCCCCCUCUCCCGUCCCCCCGCCACGUGGCACCACCAACUCCAACUCCAACUCCAACUCCGCCGCCGCAGCCGUCCCCAUGCCGAUCGACUCCGACGACUCCUCCGCCUCCCGACCCAGGCCCAGCUCCUCCUCCGGCCCCAGCGCCGCGGCCGCGCAUUUCCGCAGCCUCUCCGUCGACUCCGACUUCUUCGACGGCCUCGCGCUCGCCGGAGACGCCGGCGGGAAGGAGGUCGUUGGGGGUAAGAGGGCCGGCGGCGGCCACCACAGGCACAGCAACUCCAUGGACGGCUCCUUUGAUUCUGAGCUCUCUCUCGAUGGGCUCAAGAAGUCCAUAACUCCUGAUAAGCUGGCUGAGCUCUCUCUGAUUGACCCUAAGAGAGCUAAAAGGAUCUUAGCUAAUAGACAAUCCGCUGCGAGGUCCAAGGAGAGGAAAGUGAGAUAUGCAAAUGAGCUGGAGAGGAAGGUGCAGACGCUUCAGACAGAGGCAACCACCCUAUCGGCACAGGUCACACUGUUACAGAGAGACACUACUGCAAUAACUGCUGAAAAUAAGGAGCUCAAAAUUCGGCUACAGUCUAUGGAGCAACAAGCACAGCUGAGAGAUGCCUUGAAUGAAAAAUUAAAGGAGGAAGUGGAGCGGCUUAAGAUUGAAACCAGCCAAAUCCCCCAUGGGAGUGGAAACCCUUUCUACAGAGGGCUCCCCCCUCAAUAUGCGCCGCCCCAGUCUGCCUUGCAUAAUCAGCUGGGUGGUAGCCAGAGCCAGCACCAGCACCAGCACCAGCAGCUUCACAUGCUUCACAACCAGAACGUCAACGGGCAGCCUCACCCGAGUUUCAUGGACUUCAACCAGAGGGCGUAGAAGCUCUAUUUUAAGUCAUUAACCAAAGGAGUUCGACAUUGUUGUAGUAUUUAGAGGAGGAGGGCGGGUAGUUAAUCACAGAUAGCUUCUUGUAUAUACUAUAUGCAGAUGUAUAUGUAUGUGGUACAGGCAAAGGCUGUGAAGAUUUGUUGCUCAGAUCAGAACCACAGUACACAGUUUCCUGUAUCAAUUAUUAUUUAUUACUAUUAGAAUAGGGUUAUUUAACGCAAAUCUUAUUGCAACACCUGUGCUCACCCUCUUUGUGUUUUAUUGAACCAAGCAACCUCUAGGUUCCUUUAUGCUAAUAGCCUAAUAUGAUGAUAUAAUAUUUCCCAGUA